UCUACUCUUGAAAUAGCACAGGGCCCGAUACGUCACUAAACUGCGACACAGCGAGGGAAAGCGCCACAUUUUGCUGCGCCAAGUUAUUUUGGCAUUUUCAGCGUUGCCAGUUUAUAGUCGGGGCGCACAUUAGGACAACGUUAAUGCACAAUGAGUUUAUUUGGGACAAACACCGGGUUUGGGACAGGAGGGACCGGUGUCUUUGGAAACACAACAACAGACAGCCACAAUCCCAUGAAGGAUGUUGAAGUGACUUCACCUCCAGAUGACAGCAUCAGCUGUCUGGCUUUCAGUCCUCCCACCAUGCCAGGGAACUUCCUCAUUGGAGGAUCCUGGGCCAAUGAUGUCCGGUGCUGGGAGGUGCAGGACAAUGGACAGACUGUCCCCAAAGCCCAACAGACGCACGCAGGUCCAGUGCUGGAUGCGUGCUGGAGCGAUGAUGGGAGUAAGGUCUUCACUGCUUCAUGUGAUAAAACAGCCAAGAUGUGGGAUCUUAACAGCAAUCAAGCAAUGCAGAUUGCACAGCAUGAGGGUCCGAUCAAAUCAAUCCACUGGAUAAAAGCCCCAAACUACAGCUGCAUCAUGACUGGCAGUUGGGACAAAACACUGAAGUUCUGGGAUACCCGCUCUCCCAAUCCCAUGAUGUCUCUGCAGAUGCCAGAGAGAUGCUACUGUGCAGAUGUUGUAUACCCCAUGGCGGUGGUUGCCACAGCUGAGAGAGGACUGAUAGUGUACCAGCUGGAGAACCAGCCCUCUGAGUUUCGCAGAAUAGACUCUCCUCUCAAACAUCAGCACCGCUGUGUCGCCAUAUUCAAGGACAAACAAAACAAGCCCACAGGCUUUGCACUGGGAAGUAUUGAGGGCCGAGUGGCCAUCCACUAUAUCAACCCUCCAAACCCAGCCAAAGACAACUUCACCUUUAAGUGCCACAGGUCCAAUGGAACCAACACAACCACUCCACAGGACAUCUAUGCUGUGAAUGCCAUCUCCUUCCAUCCUGUCCAUGGCACACUGGCUACUGUGGGCUCAGACGGGCGCUUCAGCUUCUGGGACAAAGACGCUCGCACCAAGUUAAAGACCUCGGAGCAGCUCGACCAGCCCAUUACGGCUUGCUGCUUCAACCAAAAUGGCAACAUCUUUGCAUACGCUUCCAGUUACGACUGGUCGAAGGGCCAUGAGUACUACAACCCCCAGAAAAAGAAUUACAUCUUCCUGAGGAAUGCUGCAGAGGAGCUGAAGCCUCGGAACAAGAAAUGAUUCGUCGUGCCGAGUCACAUCUCUUGUGGGGAAAUGGGGAAGAUCUGCUGCUUUAGUGUGUGUAUACGCCCGAGACAGACUCCUUCCUUUCGGCAAGCACCUGGACCAAUGCCGUGGUGUUGCGUACUGUGCAUGGACCAAUCAGAGGGGCCUACCCAACCUGGCGCUGAAGACCGCUGCGUGACAUUUGGUCUUAGAGGUUAUUGUAGGAGGGGAGGGCUUCAUUUGGCAUUCAUCUUGGUGUUUCAGUUUUGUUUUGUUUUUUUACUGUGUCCAGCUCUUCAUUUUUUUUUUUUUUUUAUAGCUUUCCAAAGACUUUUCAUAAUAUUGUGAUUCGCUGUUAUUCCGUGGUUUAGCUCCAUUAAUGAAACUGAGAUGUAAAAUAAAUAUGUGCGUACUAUUAGAUUUGAACAUGUUUAUUCCAACCUGAGGGAGAAAAUAGGUUUAAAAAAAAAACAACCUAUUGUGUUUUGCUGUAUAAAUGAACUGUAUUGUGCAUGCGAAACCAUGAAUAUGACCAUUCGCUCAUAUUUCAGCUGUAAAUCCUCUUCAUCAUGUUGGUCUCUGACAUUGGCAUCACAAAAUGAUAAACUUUGGACAGCAUCUGUAUCACAUUGA